AUGGCAUUUUCAAUCACACAGAUACCACGGCAAAUACUUGCUUUGUCAUGGAAUUCACCGGAUUCCUUCCGUAUAUCCAUUGUUUCUCAUCGGUAUAUUCCCACCGCAUCCCUUCAUGAGGCUUUGCCUGACGCAGCUCCCUCCGAAGAUUAUUUAAAUAGACGCUAUACAACUCUUGUGACUUCACAAGUUUCUGGACUGUCCUCCUCUGAAUACGAUGUUUCAACAGAAGGGGACGAUACCCAUCUUCAGGAUGUAAAGGAAGGGCCUGGGCAUGAUGUAAGCAGCUUUGCCACUAUUCAGAACGAACAAGGACUCGAAGAGGCAUUAAAGAGUCAAGACACAACAGCUGAAUCCUUUGAAGGGCCACCAACAAAAAGAAAAAGCAACCUUCGACUGGGGGAUCUGUCAGAACUGCACCAAAAACCAAAACUAUCGCACACCGAAGAAAGCAAUGAAAACGGACCCAAGCCUUAUACAUCUUUGCCUAAACAUCUUAAUGAUUGGGAAGUCGAAAGCCAUAAUUCAUCGGAUUUUUCUUUAUCAGGGGCGGACACGAAAGAGUAUGAAAGGGCGGCUCCACGUGGCGGCUCCAUCCAGAGCCAGUUCCACAACCAAUCAGCAGCACCUGCUGGCGAAAAUGACAUGCAGUACGGCUCGCAAGUUGAUGAGAGCGCGGACAGGCGAAUGGCUAUCGAAACUGUUCUUAGUGUCGCUGAUACUGGCAGCAGCAUAUCCAUACCCUCUCCUCUGGCGUACAGCCUAUUAUAUCGGACAAGAGAUAUUACGAACCCACUGAACCUUGCCAACUUUCUGGCAGAGGGGCAAGAGUGGCUUAUUCCAGGUAAGGGCAGCCUCUGGGAAGGACUUGGUCGUCGCGUGGAUUCACUAUUUUCGGGCUUGUUUUUGAGGACAGCGAGCGUUCUACCAAACUACAAACGGAAUGUGAUUAUAUGCUACAAGGAAUACAAGCCAUCCAUGUGGAUAGAGAUGUUUGGUCACAGAAACCAGUUCCUUAGGCAGCUUGCUUCUCUCUUCCAAGGCACACACCGUAUGCAAUCCGUUUACCUUCGCAAUCUGGGAAUGGAGAUAUUUGAAGUACCUCCUCUGUGGCGCAUUGGAGAAUUUGUUGCCAAGGUGUUGAAGCUGAAGAAUUUCGUGAGCCACGUGUACACUGACCACAUGGUAAGUGAUUUUGAUACCGAAGUGCAACUGCCUUUGCUUGAUUCGGAUCAAUCUCAUGAAGAGGGACAGGUGCGCGUGAGCCAGGAGCGUGACAGCCCAACCGACUCGACGCAACAUGGCACCGAUAGCCAGAACCGCGCGCCUAACCGCCGGCUGGAGGUCAUGACAAAUGAUCCCUAUACGUGGCAACAGUGGGCCAUUGUGGAUAGUGGACCAACAAGGUGGGGGAUCGAAGCUCCUAAUGCCUGGGAUGUUUGGACAGGCCUGGGAGUCAAACCCCGAUUCACAGUGGCUGUCAUAGACAGCGGCGUAGACUACGAGCAUCCUGAUUUAAAGAACCAAAUAUGGCGAAAUCCUGAGGAGAUAUGUGGGAAUGGCCUAGAUGAUGAUUUUAAUGGCUUCGUGGAUGACUGUGUUGGAUGGGAUUUUGUAAACGGAACAAAUUUGCCGAUGGAUGAAAACGGUCAUGGUACAGCCUCUGCAGGCAUCAUUGCUUCCGAGCCGAAUAACGGCAUUGGGCUAACUGGCGUAUGCUGGGGGUGCGAUAUUCUGGUCCUUAAGGCUCUCAACGAGGAAAUAAAAGGAACCAUAAGCGCAUUUGCCAGGUCGCUCGACUACGCUAUUGGUAAAGGAAUUAAGCUUUCAAACAACAGUUACGGAGGGAGAGGUAGUGGCUUCAAGGGCCUACAAGAGGCAGUUCAGCGAGCCCGACAAGCAGGGAUGAUUGUGGUAGCGGCUGCAGGGAACUACAAUGGCAAUAAUGACAACGACAAGCAACCGGUUUUUCCAGCAUCCUACGACCUCGAUAACGUCGUAUCUGUUGCUGCCAUCAGUCGCAACGGGCAGCUAGCGCCUUUCAGUAGCUAUGGCAGGAAGCAGGUGGACGUAGCAGCGCCAGGAGCCAACAUCAUGGCAACGUCAGCUAGGAGAAGCUACCGGUCCGUGAGUGGUACCAGCUUCGCUGUUCCAAUGGUGACAGGCACCAUCGCCCUUCUUUGGACCCGUCGACCCCACCUAAAUUAUCGACAGGUCAUACAAAGACUGCUACGAAGCGUGAAGAAGAACCCUUACCUUGAAGGGCUGAUCGCUACUGGAGGCACUGUUGACGCAUGGAGUACACUUGCAAAGGAAGACACACUAGACCCGUAUGCAGCCCGCCCUGUUCUUCCCAUGACGUGUGCUACAGCUUCAUGCAGCCCGCACGCGACGUGUACAGAUGCUCAAGGAAGAGCAAAAUGUGUCGGAACUUUUGACUGCAUAUGCCCAAUUGGCACCGUGUGGAAUGGUGUAUCUGGACCUUCUGCGCAAUGCCUAAGAAUAAGCUCACCAAGCCGUGGUCCGUGUACAGGGAACGGGGGCUGUGGAGUCAACGCCCUGUGUCAAGCGCUCCUUACCCCGGAACCUCUGCGAACAUGUAGCUGUACAAGUGGAUUCAAGUCUUUGCGCUUAAAUAGCAAGGAGAUUGCCAUGGCCAUGGCAAAGUCCCACAUGAGUUCCUUCGACAACACAGUAUGCAUUCGUGAGGAUAUUCUGCCGGAGGAACAAGCAUAUUAUCUCGUAACUAUGCACCGAGAGCGCCUGCGGCACUUGCGAGAGCCGACUGCAAGCCGCACUGUCACGGGACGCAGUGUGCAAACUACACCCCAAUCUUUAGGAUUGCCUGGGUCUGGACUACUUAACGAGCAGAAUCUUACCCCGUCUUAUGGUACAUACAUCCCAACUCCCCUUACAUCCGGGUUGACUAACCGAUCAUGGUCUACGUCUACUCCUACCUCGUUACAGCCUGGGCCACAUGCCAGCAUGCCGUACCGUGGCUCUGCCCCGCAGUUCCCCGUUGUAGCACUUCCAACAACCGCAGGCACUAAAGCAAGUACUGCUCCAGAAAGACCGCGGAUGGCAUCCUUGGCAAGAGCUUCCUGCACACGUUACUCUCACUUUGCAGGCGCCAGAGGGGUGGCGCUCUUGGAACAGCAUGUCAAUGCCCUCAGCUUCAUAGAAAAGGCCCUUAUGAUUGCAAACGAAGAGCCAAAUUUAUUUCCAUCGCUUUUGUGCGGUGGAACCACUGAGAGGCGUUGCAGAGUUCAACAGAUAGCAGAGCCGAAAGUCUCAGAUAAGGUCCAGAAAGCGCCCAAAGCUGCGCCUGCGAAGCCUAUUCCAGUCCAAGGCUUAGGCACGUUUGAUCGACCCAGCGAUGCAAUGGAACUACAACUGCUCACUUCAUUCCUUCUUCAUGCAGCCUUUUGCUUUGAGGAUGGAGGCAAGCUCCAUAAAGCGCAAAAGGCAAUUGAAGAUGCAACUCAAGUGUAUACUGAUGCCAAAGCUUCUCACGGGCACGAGCCUCAGUGGUGGAAGUGCCUGAGGCCUUUGGAGCGCAAGCUGGCGGUAGUUCACGGAAAAAUUAGAGCACAGCACGACAUUGCCGACCCUGUUCCAACGAAAGUUGAAUCCCCUCCAUGGAUGUCUGCAGUAGAGACGGCAGUGUCACUUUGUUGCCGUGCUGAAAAGUUCUCCCUACCCUCGGCCUCAACGAGGUCGACAAAAGAAUAUUCAAGCCAAGCCAAGUCGGAUUGUGCAUUUAAUGAAUUAAUAGCUUCGUGGGAACUUCUCGAUUCUCAUCUGCCGCAAACUGUGCGUAAUGCAUCCAUCGGCAAGGGCUCACCAACACAGGUUGACACCGAGCUCGACCGUUUACAUAAUUCUAUUGGGGAUCUUCGGAAGUUUGAAGAAAACGAAGUUUAUGCAGCUUACUUGUUAGCUAAGGCAGCUUUGACGCAGCGACUCUGGCUUCUUGCUAGGGCAAUGUCAAAGUGCUUGGCUAGGUGGCACACUGCAAGUAGGACUGGCGCAGCCCUCCUUAAACAAAUCCUGGAUAUUGAGACAUCGCUGCACUUGCACGAAUUUCUCGAGGAACUCCAGCUCGAAAGCAAUACCGACUCCUGUUCUCCCAUGAAGCUACAGUUUUCUGGUGCUUCUUUGAAUGAGCCACGCCCAUUUUCAGAAGCCCGUUUGCAGGCUAUCGGCCGCCUUGGCGAGUGCCUCACUUCUAUGGAACACUCUGGCGAAAGCAGAGACCUUGUGGAAAUCUGUAUAGCUACGAUGUGGAAUGUCGCCAGGCCGUGUCUUGGCUCGGAAUUUCGACAUCUGAUUUACAGAAACAUCAAAAAGGCCAGUGACAUACUAGAAUGCUACCAGUCAAGCCAAAUAUCAGUCCGAGUGCAGCUUGCUCACCAGCUGGCUCAGUACGAGGUGGAGCAAGGGUUAGUAAAUGCGGCGCGAGCAUCCCUUGAUAAGGCGUUGGUAGCUGAAUGCAGGAACGCUUCCUGCAACGCCCCCAAACGUGAGCGUGCCGUUACUGGAAAACAGGCUAAUGUUUCUACAAUGGCCACAGUCGUUGCCUCCGCGAGCUCUAUGGGCCCUGAUUCAAGCAUGAUAGAGACAGCGGAGCUGCAUUCACUCACUGUGUGCUUAGAACGAAUGCACGAAACUGUAAGCAUACUGGCGGGUGCCCCCGAAAGUUGCAUUCCGACACUGCAGCUCCAACAUCUGGUCUUCAAUGCCAGAGGCGAGCGGUCACUUGAGAAGGUGAUAAAUAAUGCAGACGAUCUUCGUAGAAAAGCGCUGGAGCAGUUGGCAGACGAAGCAAGCAAAUCCGACAGUUGUGUGGCAAGUGAUGAUUGUCAAGGCUCAGCCAAAAGGGCGCUUGGAUCUUCAGAGCAAACGCAUGCAUCUGUCGUGCAAAAGCAGCCGAUUUCUUGCAAGGGCGAAAGUACAGUGAAAAAACUAAUACUGGCGUUUGGUCACUUGGUCAGCCGUGCUGUACAGAUGGGCGACAACAAUGCAACAGAGAGAGCUGCAAGCGCGCUCCUGUCCAUGGUUCAUGGAACUGAAGAAUACUUGGAUCUUUCACCCGAGGACGCUCAGUUUUGUGGGGAUACUUCAAAAGCGGAUCUGCGCAUACGAUUAGAUCCACCGUUUGAAACGGAGGUAGCCGUGAGCGCCGUAGAAGCUGCAUACGCACUGGCUAUUGGUGACUUCGCCCUAGUUCAAGAAUUUUGUGGCCGAGCCAUUCCGCUCUGCCACGCCUCAAGUAGGAGAGCCAUAUUAGGUGCGUUGCUCCAGGAUGUCAUGCAACAAGGGCGAGUUGCGCAGCCUGUUCUGUUGCGUUUGUUUAAGUCCACGUCCUCUGCGGCUGCGGAUCAUGGAGGCGCGUCUGAAAGGGUUGGAAAGGCAAAGCAAGUGCGAGGACAGGUAGCUGCAACGACCGAAGGGCCAGCACAGGCGGCGAUAACUCCGGACGUUAUGGUGCUCCUUCAGAUUGAGAAGGCGAUGCUGGAACAGGACCCUGCUACACAAGAGCAGGUGCUACUCCAGUGCGGAGACGCGCUCGCUGUGGCGACUGGCGCUGUGACGUCGGCUGCUGCUGAGUCAACGGAGAGCGCUGCUGCAGUGAACUGCGAGUUGUGGACGCGUCUCGCGGGGGCGUCGCUUUCCACCAGCUCCGGCACCUUGAAGUGGCUGGCUGUAGGGUAUGCCUACCAAGCGCUUGGACAAAAUCAUUGGGAAGUCCCCUAUAAAAUCAUUUCGACGCCAAACCACCGGCUGCAGCAAUGGAGAGGCAUGGCGCACGCUUUCGCAGGGCUGGGCCUUCUUGCCGCGGAUCUCACGUCGCCGGGACGAGUAUUGGCUAUGCGCCACCUCCACCAGGCCUGCAGAUACGGGAAAGAGACACAGUGCACGCAGCUCCUUCUUUUUUCAGCGAAAGGAUUAUGUAACGUAGCCCUUUCAGGGGUACACGGUGAAAUCGACAGGGAGGAGACAUGCUCGGCUCUAAAAGACGUCCUCGACAUGAUUCCUGCCAGCUGCCGACCAGCCUCGAUGCCUUUGCUGAGUCGCAUGUACAUGGGGCUGCUUUGGAUCCUUUGUGCGAGCAAACGAUGGGACGAGCUACUGCGCACAGCAAAGGCGGCAAUGCUGCUGCUUCCCAAGGCUCUGCAUGAGGCAAUAGUGAAGCUGCAGAUUUUCUCGCUUACCCGUACAGAACCACCCCAUCUGCUUUCCGCGGUACGCGCCCUUAUCAAGGGCGAAGCUUCCAGAGAAGCCGACUUGCUUCUUUGGUUUGCUCGGCUUGCACGCAAAAAAUGCACCAUGCAAUCCAUUGCACUGGAGGCGUACGACGGUGCCCUGAAGCUGCUCCAAGCAAACAAGGACCCCCAGGCGGUUUUAGUUCACCUAGAACUUGCAAAAUGGUUCUUCAGCAUGCGGCCCCCUCAAUACCUAGCGAGCUCACACGUUUCGGCUGCAGCAAAACUAAUAGAACUCUGUGCUAACAGCAGACACAGCUUGCUUCUAUCACCCAGCCGGGAUGCAGAUAGUGAAGUUCAAAAGGCGUGGGAAGAGUCCGCAGCCGGCGUAUUACGUCUUGAAGGGGUGUCGAUACGGCUGGAUCACUUGUUGCUCUUGCAUACACAAACUGUUAGACUCCUUUCUUGUUCUGAUGCCCCAACUACAGCAGAGGCACUGCGCCAAAUCUUGGACGUAUCCUCCCAAAUGCUGACGCAAUUUUCGCAGCAGACGCGAAACGCGGAUAGCCAGUCCGAAGACCUCGUACAACAAGAAGGAGAUGGCGGUGCUGAACGUGGUACUAUGCUCAAAGAGGCAAGUGCCAGCCUGCAAGACUCCCAAAACAUGAAUGCCGGAGUGGCUGCUGCCAGCCUAUGCAACCCAAUUUGCCUUAAGCGAGUUGAUUCCACAGCUAAGUCAGUGACUCCUGCAGAAUGUAGUACGCCAAACCAGCUACCCACUGCGCCUCCUGGUGAGGCAUGUAUGAGCAAUCUCUUGGCAUCCUGCAUGCACUCUGACAGUGGAGAAACUCGAAAAGUGUCUCUCUGUUCCAAUAUCCUCGUCCUAGCCUUCCGCUCAUUAGCAGAGCUGGAGGCCUUGCUUUUUGAGCUCGGGAUGGAGGGCUGUGCUCUGCGGCUCACGCAAUUACGCGCUCGAGUCACUGAAGCAUUCUUAAAACUGUCCUUAGGAUCGGCUGGUGGCAGUAGUGCAGCCAAUGAUAUUGAAACCGUGCAUCCAGCAUUGUGCCUCCUCGAGGCGUCACUGAAUAUACAGCUCUUCAGAGCUGCUGUCGCUUGUGGGUGCCUGAGUGAGGCCCGAACAUUGCGGUCGUACUUUUCGCCGCUGGCCAUCCGCACAUGGAUAGCAAAGCUCGCUUCAGCAAGAGAAGGCAAUAUGGGGAUAUCAAGCAUGCAUGAACGGCAGGAACGCUGCUUCUCUGUGGUUACUGUAGACUGCACGUGCAGUCUUAUUUCCCUUGGUGAGCUUCUGGUCACCCUUGGGGAACAAUGUCUGCUCAUUGGGGAGGUAGGCCUGAGUUCCUUAUUGGGCCGCACUGCCUCUCUGUACAUACCAAGGUCUGCCCGAGUCUUGAGACAGAGCAGCGAUAGCCUCUUCGCUCGCAACGUUUCGCUACUGGCGCGAUCACGGCUUCGCCAGGGGGACGUGAACGGCCCGCUGCCGUUGUUAGACACGAUUGUUAGUGACGCGAACGAGUCCGAGCUUGAAGUGCCGCUAGCGCUCAAUAUUGCCGAAACACUUUGGAUGUUCCAUGUUGCCAAAGGCAGCUUGUCAAAAGCUCUGUUUAUAGUCCGGCAGAUCGAAACAGCCCUUCGCGAGCUGGCAACUGCCUCCUCCACAAGCACUGGUUUGGACACGAAAAAUCUAUGCCUAGACCUCGAAGCCGGCUCACAACCAGAAUCGCCGCAUUCCUCCCAGCCUGAUACUACCAAAGCUAAAUGUGCCAGCAGUGCUACGCCGCCAGUUAUUCGGUCUCACGAGUUACCCUGUGGGAGACGCAGCUCACCUAAGGGGGCCCCUCAGUAUCUUUUGCCUAUACGAGUCUGCAAGCACCGUCUUACGGAGCUACAAGUAGAGCAUAUAUUUUCACUGCAUUGUCUUGGUUGGACUACUGAAGGAGGCGCCUUGCCGUUUAACUGGUUACCCGUGUUUCUGGAGGCUGUGGAUCUAUUAAAUAGAGUAUUAGAUCCAACCGAAGACCCCGCAUUGCCCUUGAAGCCAUUACGGGCUUGUGCAGCGGGCUGCCUGCGAGGUACUCGGUUUCUAGGAGCUGCGAUGCGAUUUAUGUGGUCAUAUAGAGAAAACUUUCAUGCGAAGAGCUGGAAACGACGCAACAUUGCCCUUGCACCAGCUCCAAUGCCCCAGAUUCCUCCACUUGUAACGCCGACGGACUUACAGAAGUGCAUCGAAGCACUCCAUCAACUUCUUGUAAUUGCUCUACAAUUUAUCGCUGCCCACAGCGACUUCAGUGGCGUUCAGCAGUCUGCCUUAGUAUGGGCUGAUAUGAUUGCUGUGGCACGUGCCCACUUGGUGUGCCUACGCCACCAACUUCAGCUGGCGACGCUGGAGUUGUCGCGAGCAGACCUGCAUGAAGCACUUGAAUGCUCAAGUCUCCAAACUCCAAUUCCAAAUGAGGCAGAACCAAUCGCCGAUAGUGGUGUGCUCAUACUUGCAAGCACUUCAGCAGGGGGCAGGCCGCGCGAAUUGCAGCAGUGGCUUUACGACAGCCAGUGCGAAGAAACUUUCUCGCCAGCCUACUGGAAGUCUGAGGAAGGGCGACUUACUGAUGUGAUCCAGGAACUGGAAGCUCUCGGCACGGUAGGCUUGAGUCGUUGCCUGCUUGACAAGCCGAGCAGAUUCGGCGAUGUGUGCAGCAUGCCCUUACUCGACCUGCAGUGGCUAUGCCAAUAUGCAAUGGCAAAGCACAACCACCUCUCCCUACAAGGACGCAAAAGAAUGCUUGACCAAGGGAAGAACUUGAAUGAGCUAUGCCCGUGGAAACCAGACGGAACCGAGCAAGGGGAACAUCGCGAAAUGCAGGUUGAAGACAUACGAAGUGCUGUGGCUUUCGUAGAAAAAAAUGCAAAGGGACAAUCAAGGGCUUCAAAUUAUCUAGCCUCCGUAACAGCACUAGAUUCGCGACAAGGCAUCCGCCACUCACUUUGUUCCCCCGAGCUAGAAGAAGCAUUUGCAGCUUCUGUUGCUGGUGGGCAUCUCACUGAAGCAACACUUCUUGGCGAAGAGCUUAUUCUUCACGUUUCGGGCAACAGGAAUGGCGAGCAGCUGGAUCGAACUUUUGCUACCAUCGCUACUCUGCAGGCAGCGCGAGUUGCGCAGAUCGGAAAGCUCUUGCAUCUUCAACACAUGAAUCCACAGCUGACUGAAAGUGUUGCGGCACAAGAGCUUCGGAUCCUUGCUGAUUCUUACAAACAUGCAAAUGCCUUACCCCAAUUUCAACCGAUGAAAGCGCUGCUUGAAUCCCAAAGUUCCUUCGGGCGAAUGACCAACAUUGCUGCCCCGUCUCCUUUGGCGAUCCUUAAUACGUGGUUACCCACCAAUUGCUGCGUUGUGGCUCUCUAUUGUGCCCGUGGAUUUAUUUUCCUAGCUGCAGCCAACCCACCUGUCCAUGCAGACGGCUCUGCGUCUGCAUGGAGGUUCUUCGUGGAACGGCGUGCCCUUCCAGAAUGCAUCUUGCUCGAUGCCGGCGAAGCGGGGCAGUGCCUUUCCCCUCUUUGCAGAGAGAGCAAGUCAACACAAGCAGUGGGAGCUCCAUAUUCGCACAACGCCCGAGUUCAUGCGCUGCUCAACGAAUUGUUUGAAGCAAUGGAAACGCAGCUGUUGCAGUGGUCCCUUGAGGACAUGCUUGCUCAAGGGCAAUCAGGGCCAUGUAGCGAGUUACGAAGCCACCUGUUGCUGCUCCCCGAUAUGCAUCUGUCACAUUUCGCCUUUGAAUGCUUGCCUGCACUCAAGAGGGUUUUCGGCUGUCGUAUAUUCAGAGAUUUCAGCUUGCACAUGUUUGCGCUCCGCAUGAAAACUCAUGACUCGUCUUCUUCUGUAGCUGCCCAGCUGAAAAGGACGGUUGUCAAGAUGCACACUGGUUUUGCCAGAGACAAGCUAGUCCUGCUGCCAGAAGCUGUCCAUUAUUCACCCCUGCACAGUGUGGUUACUGGUGGAUAUCACACUCAAGAAGGAAAAGUUCAGCAGCCCCCACUGGCUGCUGAGGCUGGCUGCGGGGCAGCUACAGGCCUUGAGGCCUCAAAAUCAUGUACACGAAAGAAAACAGUAUCGCCUCAAGCAACGCAACAAGACCGAUACAUGCAUGACUGGCGUUCUACCGUUGCUGCGGAGCUUGCGGGUUUCCCGAAGUCUGGUUCCACGGAUGGGAGCCCUGAAACGCCGCCUCGCAGUAACAUCAUUCCAGAAUUGCUGUGUUCGAAGAACCCGCAAGCUGCGUGGGCAUUAUCUUUGGACAAGUUGGUUCUAAGGUACGAAGACCUUAAUAGGGCUCUUGCCGGAAUGGACCUGACACACCUGUCUCUUCUUGGUUUGCUUUCCUUGAGAGGAGUAGAGUCUGCUGGCAGCUCUGUUUCAGCCUCUCCACAUGGUGUCUAUCAUAAGCAAAAAGCAGCGCCUAUCUCCAAAGAAGUCGAAACGUUACUUCUGCUAAGUUUUAGGGGGGUGGGAACGAUUGUGGUCGCUGACGAGGCCCUCAGCGACCAGCAAAAGGCGGAUCUGGCCAAACGUUUUUUGACUGAGGUGGCGGGUAGUCAGACAACAGUGUGUGCUGCUCUGCGUCUUCAACAACCGUGCCCUGCGAAAAAUGAAAAUAACCUCGACCCCGUAUCAAAAUCCUGCUCUACAGUAGGUGAAUGUUCUCAACCAACAAAGGGAUCCGUCGUCAUCGUUGAACAAGCACCAAAGGCAUCAACUGCGUAUUCUCCUGUGAGAGGCUCAGGAUCUGAUAGUUGGACUCCGCGUGAAUCAGCAGAGGAUGCUGUGUUUGGUAGGAGGAAGCUAACCCCUGAAGAGCACGUGCCAGGGAACACUUCUGCUUCAAGGAGCAGCAACGUACUGCAGCCUGGAGAUUUUGAAUCCCCCGCAGGCAAUAUAGAAAACGCACUGAGUCCAAGCUUUCUGCCGAGAGGGAACUUGGUGGUGUCCAUUAGCAGAGACUUGCAGAAAGGUUCCCCUUCCUGCAGUGCACUCGGCCUUGUUGAUCCGAUCACGACUUGUACUUCCACGGCAUUAGGAGGCGUUACAGAUAUUGAACCUGGAGAAUCUAGUUUUGAUUGUCUGAGCGACGACUUUUCUCCAGCCACGCCGAGUAUUCCUGCACGGCUGGGAGACGACAAUCGGAAUCCACAAAGACACAGCGCUCAGUAUGUCAUGGACGAUGAACCGUCGUCUGUAAGCGGGGGAGUGCACCGACAAUUUUCGCGCUUCUGUGCUGCAGUUUCCUGGGGUUUUGAACGGGCAAGAACGCAUGCAUUCCCAGCUUUGGAAUGCUUGUGGCACGCUGAAGAGCAAGAUCGCCAGAGGGAUACAAGCGAGCUAUUUGGCGGAUUCAAAAAAGGCCUAUUGGCUUGGGACCCCAAAGCAUCUCUAGAUUCCUUGUGUUCGUCUAAAUGGCGAAUUGGAAAAACAGGCAGCCAAAGCAUGGCUCCACCUGCUUUCGAGGAACAACAGCCUACGCAGGAACUGCAUCAACACAAUGCCAGCAGCAGCAGAGUGAACACGAUUAACGCGCGCACAGCGAUUGUGGCAAAAGGUUCCAACGCAACUUCACGGGCACUUCGGGUGGUCUCUCCCCACGAAGUCGACGACCAUGCGUCUUUGCGCUCCGCUAAUUCAUCAGACACAGGCCUCAAUCCUGCGUCAGGAGGAACGUUCAAGUCUUUUUGCGUCUUGGGAGCAACAGGAGGCUGCGAAGGGAGCCCUAGUUUCAGACGCAGGCCUAUGAUUUCACGACCGUCCAGCAUGUGUGUAAACAACAUGAAGCGUUUGCUUGGCACUGCUUCGCUUACGGGUGACUCGUUAGGUCGAAAAUCUCACUGGUGCUCAGUUCUUAGGUCGGCGGGCAUUGGCUUUGAAGCCCCAGCGGCAGCAAACUUUGUAGCAGGAGAAUUACUGAAGCUACAGCAAGCCCAUGUCGGAGCCAACGAUGGCAGUCCUUUGAUCCGAUUCGAACCACAGCAGGAGAAUUACGAAGCGCGUGAAUUACUUGAGAGUGCUCUUGAAGCCCGCACUGAUCUGCAAACGCAGAAGUGGCUCAUGAGACAAAAACAUCUCAACCUGUCGAAGCGAGGAGGCAAGAAGGCCAUGAGGGAUGCUGGCCACAAAUUCCAGGCACGAGGCAGAUCAUGCGGAUUUGAUAGCACGAGGAGCGGCGCUGUGGCAUGUCAGUUUCUGUGGGACGCUGAACAACAGUUGUUGCUCGUUUGUCAUACAGGAGAUGUUAAAGCAAUUUUAGCACACCCUGUUCAGGAGCGGCUGACUGCAGAGCGAAUGGUGUCAGAGCAUGCGGGCAAGCACGAUUUUACCCACUUCACUGCACCUGCAGUGGCUGCAAGUAGGCCGUUUUUCAAACACCAACAGCCCUCACCGAAUUUUCGAGGGCCAAAUUCCAGCAGCGGUAUUCUCAGUCACUCCUAUGACUGCAUCGUGCUCACCCGCGAGCACUCAAUCCUGGAUCGCGAUGAGUGCAGGCGCCUUCAAGGAGCAGGUCAGUCUAUUCAGUGUGCCUUUUUAAAUAGUCGGUGGUCAGAAACGUACAACGCGUGCUUGGGGGCUGAAAAGAAUGCGCUGUAUCGCCAACAUUUCCCUGCCUUCUGCUCCCGGCCAUGA